AUGACCACCGAUGAACUUUCCGAUGUUGCAUGGGAUAAGACGAAGGUCCCGGCUACCAUGGGUAGGGGUCAUUUGGAUCGUGUGAACUCGUUUAUGCUGGCUCUAACAUCGAUUGUCUUUCUUGCACGCGUUGCUACUCGCAUUACGAAGCACAAAAAAUUCGAGUUACAAGACUUUUUCUGCUGCCUGUCUUACGUUUGCUACGUCGCCAUGGUAGUAAUGUACUUCAACGAGAAUGGACCGUUGUACCGUGCCGAGAGUGUUCAAAGAGGUGAGAUAGCGCCGUAUCCAGAUAUCCUAAUGUUCCUCCCGUUUCGCAUGACUUGGAAUCUCAGGUUGCCAAGAUCCCAGAAGUUUGGCAUCUUCGUGCUCUUUGGCAGUGGUUGGAUAUGCAUUCUGUUCGCAACACUACGCGUUGUUCAGGUCAGUGUCAAAGAUGGGGUGCCAAUGAUACCAGACCCAAAGUGGCUGGAAAUGUGGACUGUUAUUGAAACCUCCAUGGCUGUAAUGAUCGGAUGCGCUCCAGCUUUCAAUGCUCUUCGCUCCCGUCGUAACAACAACAGGGUUAGAAAACCAGUCAUUUCGCUUGAGAUGCAGUCAUCAGAAGGCCGCAGCACAGAACAACUCAAGCACAAGGAAGAACUGGUCUUCAUAACGACACACGAAAACGUGGAAAUAGCGGAUUUAACAACUAGGCCCGAGCUUGUGUAG